GAACAAUUCUACCUAUUUCGAUUUCGCAUUUUUACUAAUUAAAGAAACUCAAUAUUCAAGUUUAAUGGUUACCGUUACCGUUAUCACCAACUUUUUUAACUGCAGUUUGGAAGUUGGCCGUCAUUGUGGUUGGCGUUUGCAUGUGGAACGGACUUCAGAGUUCAGAGGGUCACUGGUGCGCAGGUCUGAUUGUGAACGUUCUCGGGUUGGCAGAACCCUGGGUAAUGGCAGUAACGGGUUUCGAAGAGUUGCAGAAACCACAUAUUUUGGACAUCGAUUGCAUGUCGAGGUACCUCGCGCGCUCCGGCCGCCUCCAGAGCCCAUGUAGACUGUAGUCAUACAAUGCAGUACUGCCGGAAAGCUCUACUACACCGUACAAUGCUUUUCAUCUUAUGGCUCAAGUUAACACCUGCCUCGCUUACCAUAUUUCGUCCAUGCUUUUGAGUCGCCAACGAAAAAUUCUUCUGGAAGUUCCAAAAGCACUACGCUCUCCUGCUACUACUUUAGAUAUUGUUUGGAUCAGGUGUUUCUCUAUUAAGAAAGCCAUAUGACUUCGGAAACAUGAUCAUGAACGGGAAUAAUGUUCAUAUCAACGGUAUUAUGGAUGGCGGGAUAAUUGAUGGCGAUGGAGGCAGAAUGCCUGACCCGGAUCAUAUCAAAAUGUUUGUGGGUCAGCUGCCGCGAUCUUUUACGGAAGACGACGUGCGAAAAUUAUUUCAAGAAUUUGGAGCGAUUUAUCAAAUUAACAUGCUCCGAGACAAGUCUACCGGCCAAAGCAAAGGAUGCUGUUUCAUCACUUUUUAUCAACGGAAAUCAGCACUAGACGCCCAGAACGCUCUGCACAACAUUCGCACGCUACCCGGGAUGCAUAAUCCCAUUCAGAUGAAGCCGGCUGAUACGGAAAAUCGUAGCGAACGAAAACUGUUUGUUGGAAUGAUCUCGAAAAAGUCUUCAGAAGAGGACAUAAGGAAACUGUUCGCACCGUUCGGUGUGAUUGAAGAAUGUACCAUUUUACGAGACGGAAAUGGAUUGAGCCGAGGCUGUGCCUUCGUCACGUUUGCUUCUCGUCAAAAUGCUCUUAAUGCAAUCCGGGUUCUGCACCAUUCCAUGACUGCGGAAGGUUGCACUUCUCCUAUUGUUGUCAAGAUGGCUGACUCUACAAAGGAUAAGGAUACAAAACGGCAUCCGGUUACAACAUUAAAUGGCUGGGUGGGCGGAAAUCCCGCUUUGAUUCCUCUAGGGCAACAUUAUCUAAACCUGAUGCAACCGGCAGCGAGUCUCGGUUUAACUAAUAUUUUCAGUGGAUCAACGCAAGGGUUGUCAGGCAUGCACGUCUCCUUACCGCAGUUCAGUCCACUUAGUGCGUCGGCGGCCAUUAACUCGGGAUUGCUGAGCAAUUUAGGUGGCAGCGGGAUAAAUAUGAGCGCGGCUAAUGAGCUUUGUAAUCCCACAUCGGCUCUGUCCAGCCUGACAGCGCUGACGAAUGGCGCCUUAUAUGGCACGAACGCCGCUGGUAUGGGCACGUAUGGGGCCAGCAGCAAUGUCGGGACGACUGCUGCGCUGCAGAAUCACUUGUCCAAUCUGAAUGUGCUCGUCAAUGGUGACAGCUCGCCGUCGGCCGUUGCCAGCAAGAACUCAUCACUGGUUAAUUCUCUGGCAGCAAAGGGUUUAUAUGGUUAUAGCCGUUCCCGCACCAUGCGUCGUGUGGCCAACGGAUCUAGUGCAGCUGUUGGUUCUCCACUGACGUCGCUGGCGGGAUAUGGCAGCGGAUUAUCAUCCUUGGGGGCAUCAUACAACGGCGGCCUGAGUAGCAGUCCCUAUGACACGAUGGCGAGUGCCUAUUCACAACUGGGCCUGGCAAAAGUAUUGACUUCGACAGCUUUUCCCAGCGUAACUAAGCAAACCGAAGGCCCAGAAGGAUGUAAUUUAUUCAUUUAUCAUCUUCCACCAGAAUUCGGUGAUCAGGAUUUAAUUGGAUUAUUUAGCACAUUUGGCAACGUCAUUUCCGCUAAAGUUUUUGUCGAUAAGCAGACCUCGCUUAGUAAAUGUUUCGGGUUCGUCAGUUUUGAUAACCAGGUAUCUGCUCAAGCGGCGAUUUCCUCGAUGAACGGUUUCCAGAUUGGCAUGAAACGUCUGAAAGUCCAGCUUAAACGCUCAAAAGAUGGCGCCAAGCCGUAUUGAAUGGAUGAUCCUUGAUAGUAUUUUUCUGCAUGCUGGUUAAAAGUUUUGGGUGCAAAUCAUGUUACGAGUAGCAUGGCAUCAAUGGCGAUCGAUAUUCCAAACGGCAUCGCCAACCCUGAUUAACACUUCUGUUAACGAAUGACUAGCGUUGCUCCAUUGGAGCGACCGUCCCAGUGUGAAGAACUAUUCUCCUGCUCAAUUGUUCCUUUUUUCUAUGAAAACGCCCAGAGAUGGGCGCUAUAUAAAUUUUCGACAACUUUUGUGCAAAUAUUUUGUUUAUUUUAAUAUCUCGAUUUUUGUAUGUUGUCAAGAGUCGCUCAUUUUAUUUGGACGAAAAAGAAUUCGAGAUAGUCAGAUUUAAAUAAUAAAAAAAGAACAACA